CGCACCUGGGCCUGUGGCUUAGAUGCUCUUCCCUCCACCCGGACUUUGCAUCUGCCUUUAUCUGGACCUAUGUCCCUCCUCUGUGCCAGGCCAGGCCCCAUGUUGCUCUGCAGGAUUGUGCUGUUCUUCGUUCCCUGUGUUGGGCAAAGUGGCUGGUUGUACCUCCGAACCUUGCCAGACCCCGUGUUUGAGGGCGACAUCCUGAUUCUGCAGUGCCAAGGAUGGAAGAACAUAGCCCUGUCCCAGGUCCAGUUCUACAAAGACAGGAAAUUACUCCGCAACCCGAAGGCCAAAUGGAUUCUGCACGUGGGGACAGCAACCCUGGAAAGCAGUGGCCAGUACAGCUGCACUGGGAAGGUGACCUUCAUCCUGCACCUGGGCACACAAAGGUCACAGAUGACCACGGUUCAAGUCCAAGAGCUGUUCGCACCUCCAGUGCUGAGUGCUGUCCCUUCUCCCGAGCUCCGUGAGGGGAGCCCGCUGACCCUGAGAUGCCAGACGGAGCUGCACCCCCAGAGGUCGGCCUCGAGGCUCCUCUUCUCCUUCCACAAAGAUGGCCGCACCUUGCAGAACUGGGGCCCCCACUCAGAGCUCUGCCUCCCAGAAGCCCGGGAGGGAGCCUCUGGGCUUUACUGGUGCCAGGCGACCCCUGAGGGUAGCAGGGUCCAGAAACAGAGCCCCCAUCUGGAGGUGAGGGUGCAAGCUCCUGUGUCCCAGCCUCUGCUCACCCUGAGACCCAGGUCCACUGGCCUUGCUGUGGGGAACGUGGUGGAGCUCCUCUGUGAGACCCAGAAUGGCUCCCCUCCAAUCCUGUACUCAUUCUACCUGGACGAGAAGAUCCUGGGGAACCACUCUGUUCCCCAUGGAGGAGCUGCCUCCUUCCCCUUCACUGUGAUGUCAGAGCAGGAUGCUGGUAGCUACUCCUGCCAGGCGGAGAACAAUGUCUCCAAAGAGACAAGUGAGCCCAGGACACUGUCCCUGGAUGGUCCUCGGGGCUUGCCUACCCUCACCAGCAGCCCCUGGCUCGUUCCUUGUCUAUCUGUGAGCCUGCUUGGUGUGCUGGUCAUCGCCACUGCACUUGUGGCUUACUUCAGACCCUGGAGGAAAACUGGGCCCAUUCCAACCCAGAAUCUGCCCCCAGCCCCAGGUGGAGAGCAGCACCCACUGUAUGGCAAUGUCACUUGGCCGAAUGAGAAUGAGGAAGAUGAUAUUUACUCUUCAAUGAUUAUAGUCCCAAAGAAGAGUGAAGCCGGGCCUGCUGAGUCAGCCUCGGGGACCUGGGACACUUCUGUCAUCUACACCGAGGUGAAACACUCGAAGCUUGGUGAGGUUCCAGCCAGGGGACCGAAUACAAGAAGCAGGACCCACAGAGUUGCCCUUGGUAACUUCGAGGAGGUCCUCUACUACUGAUGGCAUCCCCCCAACACCACCCACCUGAGGCCUCCAGUGCUCCCCAGGAGGCCAGCAGAGACCCCAGUCCCUUCUGCAGGUCCCCAAUCCCUGAGCCCAGCAGUGAGGGAGCCCGGCGUCCCGGCCAGGGUUCCGAGGAGACUCGAGGAACACCUAAAUGAUCUCUGGGCUGCCCUCUGAGUGGAAGAACAGGAACAUGUGGGCAGGGGCAUCCCCGUUCACACAUGAGUUCCAAGCAGUGGACCAGACACGGAAGCCACAGAUGUUUUCUUGCACAUGAGUGGAAGGGUUGGAGUGCCUUCUCUUCAACAUUUGUAAGGACUUCCUAAGGUGGCCUCAGUCCCUGUGCAUGGGCUUGGCCUCUCCCUGAAGGAGAGAGCUAGCCCCCGGGCAGCUCUGGUAGAGCAUUUCCAGCUUCCAAGCUGCCGCUGAGGCCCCUGAGUGACCACAGGGCUAAGGACCUCUCAGUGGCUCGGGGAGACCAAGAGUUGGGGGGAAAGGCCUGGCCCAGAUAAUAGCACAGAAUUCUCAACCCCAGAGCCAGAGCCCCCGUCCCAGGCACUGAGAGCCCAGCCUUCUCUGCAACACAUUUCUGCUCAGACCCCUUCCGGCGACCAGGUUACCAAAGUUGCUGGAACUGAGGCUUGCCCAAAACCCCCAUUUGUAGAGUAUAUCAGAACACUCACUUACCCCUCAUGUGUUUACCAAGAUACACACUUGUAGAAUCUAUUUGUUCAUAGAAGUGUAUCAGUUUGUUUCAUACUAUUCACCAAAGCCGAUCACUCAUAGUGCCCGAUGGUUGGUUUGGUCCUUGAUACUGAGGGUUUAGUCCUGGUAACUAGGAGGAUUAGUUCUCCCUGCUCCUCCUCCCAGCCCUGACCCUGCAGGCCCCUGCUCCCGAAUCACAGAGUGAGGUCCCAGUCACGCUGCUGGAUGUCACCGACCCCACCCACCUGUCCUGGGAAGAGGCCCACGUCCUCCUGCCCACCCAGAGCUCCCACCCAGGUGCCCCUGAGCUGCCCACAGCCAGCAUUCAUCCUUGAGCUUAAUAGAAAUGCAUCCACUCAGACUCAGACCCAGACCUGCUGAAUCCUGAUCUGCAUUUAAGUAAGAUCUGUAAGCUGUUGGUAU